UACAUUCUUAUCACGUAGAAAUAUUAGGCAAAACUUUGUACUCUUGUACCGUUGUCGUGGAAAAUACUUAAUUUAAAAAUUGUUACAAAUUACUGCGAAACUUUAAAAUGGAUCAGUGGCUUAGUGAGGGUUUAUCAAAAAUAUUAGAUUUUGAAGUUCCUGAAGAUCUUAUAAAAUACAUACUUUCAAUAGAAAAUGAAAAUGAUUUGAAUGAAUAUCUCAAAACUUUAUUAAACUUCGAAAACUCUCAACAUAAGAACUUUUACUUAGAGUUGAUCAAAAAGAAAUUUCCUUCGAAAGGUAGCACUCAAACGAAGCAACAGAAGAAAAAAAUAGCUAAAAAUAAACAGCAGCAAGAUUUUGUGAGCACAGAAGCAAAUUCACAAAGCCAAGUUGAAACAGAUGCCAAAUCUAAAAAGAAAACUAAGUUUGUCAACUUAUACUCACAAGAAGGCAAAAAUGCUCAAGUCGUUCUUUUAAAAGGUCGACACCGUUGUGACUGUCAAGCAUCAAAGCAUGAACUAAUCAAUAACUGUUUGCAAUGCGGUCGUGUUGUUUGCAAACAAGAAGGUUCAGGACCAUGCUUGUUUUGUGGGAACUUGGUAUGUACACCGGAGGAGCAAAGGGAAAUUAAUGCAAAGACUAAGUCCAGUGCCAAGUUGAUUGAGACUCUUAUGGACAGGAGUCGCCCCAAAGGUUGGGAGGCAGCUGUCUCGCAUAGAAAUAAGCUGCUCGAGUAUGAUAGGACCAGCGAGCGGCGCACUCGCGUGACGGACGACGACAGUGACUACUUCAGCGCCAACAGCGUGUGGCUGAACGCGGCCGAGCGCGACGGCCUGCAGCGCUACCAGGCCGAGCUGCACGACAGGAAGCACGCCUCGAGGCUCCAGAAGAAGAUGACCUUCGACUUUGCGGGACGUCAAAUUGUGGAGGAUAAGACAAUAGAACAUGAAGUGGACGAGGAUCAUAUCCGUAAUAUAUCGAGCAGCAGCGCGCCCAGCAUUCAAAUGCUGCGACCAGAUAUGUUGGCCGAUUCGUUCGACCGAGACGUCGCUCCCGGUGUUAACGCGCCCGUACUACAGUUCGAUCAAUCAGUAGAGUAUCAAAGCUACUCGUCUGCUGCGAAAUCGAGCUGGUCCCAGUCUUCCCGUAUACAAGAUCUUGAGCUGCAGGAGAUGAGCGACACGGGCAAGUGUCUUUCGAUGCACCAACCCUGGGCCUCCUUGCUCGUCGAGGGAAUUAAAUUACACGAAGGCCGCACGUGGUACACGAGUCACCGCGGCCGCCUGUGGGUGGCGUCCACGGCCAGGGCGCCCGAGCCGAGCGAGGUGCGCGCCGUGGAGGAGCAGCACCGCGUCCUUCACCCCGAUAAACAGUUCAAGUUUCCCUCUUUCUAUCCAACGGGUUGUCUUCUAGGCUGUGUCAAUGUGGACGAUUGUUUGCCCCAAGAAGAAUAUUCUAAAAAAUAUCCGGAUGGCGAAAGUGACAGUCCUUACGUGUUUAUUUGUUCCAAUCCAGUCAGUUUGAGGCUUCGGUUCCCCGUGAAGGGACAGCAUAAGAUUUAUACUUUAGACAAAACAAUUCAUCAAGCAGCAGUGAAAUGCAUUCAGAAAAUGGCGAAGAUGCAAGCCGAAGAGGCUUAUGCAGGCUGAGUUACGAUAUAUAUUAAUUUAUUUCCAUGUAUAAGAUAAAUAAAACAAUUAUUA